AUGAGCCGUCCGACAGAAGGGUUUGACUUACAACUAUAUCUGUCCGCAUCCAGCCAUUCGGUAAGUGCCGCCCUUAUUCAAGAGGCACCGAUCUUUAAGCUCAUUUAUUUUGUUAGCAGAACCUUGCAAGGGGCCGAAGAACGAUACUCUCAGGUGGAGAAAGUAACAUUGACUCUACUAACAGCGGCAAGACGGCUCCGCCCAUACUUUCAAAGCCACCAAGUUAUUAUCCGAACAAACCAUCCGGUCGCCAGAAUUCUCAGGAAACCGGAUCUAGCAGGAAGGAUGGUCUCCUGGUCCAUCGAAUUAUUCGAAUUCGGCUUGCGUUUUGAACCACAAGGCUCCGUCAAGGGCCAGCACUUAGCAGAUUUCGCAGCAGAACUACCCCCGAAGGCAGAACCGUCCGUGUGGAAUUUGAACGUAGACGGAUCCUCAGACAAAAGAGGAGGAGGAGCCGGUAUAGUACUGGAGGGACUGAACGGUCUUCUAGUCGAGCAAGCAAUAUCCUUCACAUUCCAGCUCAGUAACAAUCAGGCAGAAUACGAAGCCCUAAUCAGCGGACUACUCUUGGCCGUCGAGCUGGACAUUGAACACUUAGAAUGCCGAAUGGAUUCCCAACUGGUUAUGGGGCAUAUUAACGGAACCUUCCAGGUCAAGGACAAUCAUUUAUUACGUUACUAUCACAAAGUCAGCGACCUCAUUAAAGCGUUUGCCACCUUCAAGAUCACCCAUGUACCCAGGGCGCAAAAUUCCCGAGCGGAUUUACUUUCCAAACUGACACAUGCCCGAGGAAACUCCCAACUCACUUCAGUAAUCAAACCCACGCUGGAAAAGCCUCUGUUAGAAACAUGCUCCACCAGCGUCAUUCCUUCCAAGGCUGACUGGUGGCAAGAUAUAAUACAGUUGAUGAUUCAUCAAGAACAGGGUACACGGAUAAAUGCGGCCGAUUCCAAACGAAUCGCUCGUUUUACAUUUAUAGGAGAUGAUCUCUACCAACGUGGGUACACUACUCCUCUGUUGAAGUGUUUGUGUAACGAAGAAGCAAAGUACGUUAUGCAGGAACUACAUCAUGGCAUUUGUGGCUCUCACUCGGGUAAAAGAACGCUUAGAGCCAAGAUAUUACGAGCGGGUUUCUACUGGCCCACAAUUGAACAAGAUUGCAAAGAGUUCGUUCAAAAGUGCAUCUCCUGCCAGUCCCAUGGACAUGACACUCGGAUUCCUCCGUCCGAACUGAUGGGCAUCAUAUCUCCAUGGCCCUUUGCCCAAUGGGGAAUGGAUAUUGCCGGACCCCUGCCACUCGCAAAAGGACAGUGCAAAUAUCUCCUUGUGGCAAUCGACUAUUUUACCAAGUGGAUCGAAGCAGAAGCCCUUGCAACAAUUAGCGCCCGAAAAACACAAACCUUCAUCUGGCACUUGAUAUGCCGAUUCAGCAUAACACAAAGAAUCAUUACUGAUAACGGUCGACAAUUCAUAGACCGUACGCUGGAAGGCUUUCUCAAGGGACUUGGCAUCAAACAUGUUACAAGUUCAGUAGAACAUCCCCAAACAAACGGACAGGCCGAAGCUGCAAACAAAGCCAUAAUCUCCGAGUUGAAAAAGCGCCUAGGGCAAGCCAAAGGCUUGUGGGUCGAAGAAUUGCCUGAAAUACUUUGGGCUUAUAGAUGCACACCGCACGGAUCUACAGGUGAGACCCCCUUCAAUCUCACAUAUGGCACUAAUGAUAUGUUACCGGUCGAGGUGGGGAACCUUCCCUUCGUCGGUAUCCGCAACUGA